AUGGAACCAAGGAACAAUACAGAAAUUUCAGAAUUCCUUCUUCUGGGAUUUUCAGAGGAACCAGAAUUGCAGACCUUCAUAUUUGGGCUUUUCCUCUCCAUGUAUCUGAUCACUGUAUGUGGAAACCUACUCAUCAUCCUGGCCACCAUCUCAGAUUCCCACCUGCACACACCCAUGUACUUCUUCCUCUCCAACCUGUCCUCUGUGGACAUCUGCCUCACCUCCACCACAGUCCCAAAGAUGCUGGUGAACAUCCAGACACAGAGCCAGGUCAUCACCUAUGCAGGCUGCAUCACCCAGAUGUUCUUUUUCCUACUCUUCAUAGUGUUGGACGACUUCCUCCUGACCAUAAUGGCUUAUGACCGGUAUGUGGCCAUCUGUCACCCCUUGCACUACACCGUCAUCAUGCACCCCUGGCUCUGUGUAUUGCUGCUGCUGGCAUCCUGGACUCUGAGUGCCCUGUAUUCUUUGUUAAAUAGCUUAAUGAUGUUACAACUGUCCUUCUGUACACACACACAAAUCUUCCAUUUUUUCUGUGAAUUUAAUCAGAUGGUCCACCUUGCCUGCUCUGACACCUUUAUUAAUGACAUUGUCAUGUAUCUGGGAGCCAUACUGCUGGCUGGUGGUCCCUUCACUGGGAUCCUUUAUUCUUACUGUAAGAUAGUUUCCUCCAUACGUAAAAUCUCAUCAGCUCAGGGGAAGUAUAAAGCCUUUUCCACCUGUGCCUCUCACCUCUCAGUUGUCUCCUUAUUUUAUUGUACAAGUCUAGGAGUGUAUCUUAGUGCUGCUAAUAAUAAAAAUUCCCACUCAACUGCAAUAGCCUCUGUGAUGUACACCGUGGUCACACCCAUGCUGAACCCCUUUAUCUACAGUCUGAGGAAUAAAGACAUAAAGAGGGCUCUGAGAAGACUCACUGAGAAUGAAUCUAUCAUAGAAUAA